AUGGCAGAUUUCAAUGCGCUUUUCAAAUUCGCUGCAAAGGAGGACCACGAGGCCUACUUUGCGCCUACGACAUAUCAGAAGGAUUGCACACAGCUCGUGGGCACUUCCGUCACUGCUUACACCUCAAUCGACGACUUGCGGUCCAAGACACGCGGAACGAAGCGUACUGUUGUCAAGCUACUUGCGCCAUUACCUUCGACAAGGGUGCCGAUCUACUGCGUCGGCCUCAACUACAGAUCGCACGCAAAGGAAGCCAAGCUCAACGUCACGAAAUAUCCACCGCUUUGGACCAAACCCGCAACGUCUCUGGCAGAUCCAGGGGAGGAUAUUCCGCUCGACGAAUUCUGCGCCACAAGUCUUCCUGACUUCGAAGGCGAGUUGGUGUUCGUAACAUCAAAAGAUGCCAAAAACGUUUCGGUCUCGGACGCCGACUCAUACAUUCUCGGAUACACCAUCGGCAACGACCUCUCUUGCCGAUUCUUCCAACUGCCCAACAACUCUGGAGGCCAAUUUUUCUACGCAAAGGCUUUCGAUAAGUUUGCUCCCAUUGGACCAAUACUCUUGAGUACGGAGCAAUACAACGCAACCGCAGCUGGCCGACGACUCUUCACUCGAGUCAAUGGCAAGGUGGUCCAGGAUGUCGAGAUUGCUCAGGACAUGAUUUUCAGUCCCGCUCAAGUCCUCAGCCACAUGAGUAGAGGCACAACCAUCCCAGCCGGCACCGCAGUUAUGACAGGUACAGCUGCCGGAGUGGGAGCUUUCCAAAGUCCCAAGUCAUUCCUUCAGGAUGGAGACGUUGUUGAAGUCGAGAUCGAGUCGUUGGGCGUUCUUUCGAAUACGAUUCGCUUUGAAAAGUGA